AUGGAGAAGCGAAGGGCCCUUCAGAGGCUCUCGGUGAAGAAGCAGCCCUGCCCGGCCCUUGGACGGCUUGGCUGUGUCUUGCAAGAUGCAAACAAUUUCAUCAACCUCAGCUUUCUCCUCCUCUUCCGUGCUGCCCGGCUCAUCAAGUUGCUGCACCAAGGCUACACCAUCCGCAUCCUGCUGUGGACCUUUGUCCAGUCCUUCAAGGCCCUGCCCUACGUGUGUCUGCUCAUCGCCAUGCUGUUGUUCAUCUACGCCAUCAUCGGCAUGCAGGUUUUUGGAAAUAUUGCCCUGGAUGAUGACACCAGCAUCAACCGGCACAACACCUUCAGGACGUUUUUGCAAGCCUUGCUGCUGUUGUUCAGGAGUGCCAUUGCGGAGGCCUGGCAUGAGAUCAUGCCGUCUUGUCUCAGCAACCAGGCCUGUGAUGAGCACGCCAAUGUCAGUGAGUGUGGGAGCGACUUUGCCUACUUCGACUUCAUCUCCUUCAUCUUCCUUUGCUCCUUUCUG